GGUUUCGCUUUCGGCGCUGCUGAGCGCAGCUCGCUGAAGUUGACGGGACUUAUCCCGCCGCUAGGGGGCAAGGGAGCGGACCUGAAAGAGAGUGCUGCAAUGGAAUAUGUCGAGAACGUUAGCAUGACUCGUUUACGACGUUUCGAGUCCGAUUUCGAUCGUUAUGACUGGCUCAUGAACUUGGCAGACCACAAUAAGGAACUGUUUUACCGUCUUAUGAACAAGCACGCAGAUUAUAUCAUGCCUUUGGUGUACACCCCAACUGUCGGUCUGGCGUGUCAAAACCUCAGCCUCGUUUAUAAAAGUGGCAGGGGUUUGUUCAUUACUAUCCACGACAAAGGUAACAUCAAAUCCAUCCUACAAAAUUGGCCGGAGAAAGACAUUCGAGCAAUCGUGGUCACGGAUGGUGAACGUAUCCUCGGUUUGGGAGACCAAGGUGCCUUUGGCAUGGGCAUUCCAGUUGGCAAAUUGUCACUGUAUACUGGACUGGCUGGUAUCCCGCCACAACAUUGCUUGCCCAUCACUUUGGAUGUGGGCACAAACAGUGAGACCCUUCUAAACAGUCCGCUGUACUUCGGAUUGAAACAGAAACGUGUCACAGGACAAGAAUACGACGACCUGAUUGACGAGUUUAUGGAGGCUUGUGUUUCAGUAUAUGGGCAGUCCGUUUUGAUUCAAUUCGAAGACUUUGCCAACCACAACGCUUUCCGCUUGCUGCACAAGUAUGACAAGAAAUAUAGCACGUUUAAUGACGACAUUCAGGGAACUGCUUCAGUUGUCCUAGCUGGAUUGUUGGCGUCACUGCAACUGACCGGACGCAAGUUGUCCGAGGAGCGAAUCUUGUGCUAUGGAUCUGGUGAAGCUGCUAUUGGUUUUUCGCAUUUGGUCACCCGAGCAUUGACACGUCGUUACGGUCUAUCUGAGGAGCAAGCAAAGGAACAUUUGUUCCUUGUGGACAGCAAAGGUCUGGUCGUGAAAGAUCGAAAAACGGGUGGUUUAACCAGUCACAAACUGGAGUUUGCUCGACCUGCUGGGACUCCCGAACUUACUUCGCUAGAAGAGAUAAUCAAAUAUACUAAAUGUACCGCGCUGCUUGGUGCAGCAGCCGUGCCACGCACGUUCACUCCGAAGAUCCUUGGUUUGAUGGCUGAACUGAACGAAAAGCCGCUAAUCAUGGCUCUGAGCAAUCCAACCGCGAUGGCUGAAUGUACCGCUGAGGAAGCGUACAAGUAUACCAAGACAUUGGCUGCUAUGGUUUCGGACUCUGACUACAAUUUAGGGCGUAUCUUCCCACCUCUUAGUGAUAUUCGUCGUGUAUCCUCAUCGAUUGCGCGCGAGGUGAUUUUGGCUGCAAUCCCGGAGGGUCGGUGCCAUGCAGUUGAAGGGAAGAAACCGACUGCGGCGGAAGUAGAAAAACUUGUAGCUGAGUUCUCCGGUUACCCUCCGGAGAAGUAA